AUGCAAGCGGUGACUCACACCGGGCUACUGGAUGUGAUGACGCGACGAGACGAGCGCGUCCUGUUCCAGGUCGGGGUGCAGCCGCCGGCCCGCGCCGUGUGCCAGCGGCUCCUCAAGCCCCGCCCUUCUGUCUACCUCGUCGUACCUCCGCUCGAGGACCCAUCUUCUUCUUCUUCUUCGUCAUCUUCAUCUUCAUCUUCGUCGUCGUCGGCCGAGGGCGAGUCCCUGAGGCGCCUCCACGCUGCGCUGGACUCGACUACGCCAAGCGGGGGCGUGUUCGUGGUGGCCUCGGUCGUGAGGCUCGACAGCGGCGCCCCCCUGCCGCGCGGCGUCGAUGGCCAGUCCACGGUGCGGCUAGAGAAGUGCGGCUGGCACGAGGGGGUGUACAAGGCCACGUUCGACAAGGUGAAGCUGACGCUGACGUCGAGCCAGUGCCAUGGCACCAAGUUCGCCCUCCGCUUCCGCCUGCACUGCAAGUCCCUGGAUCUGGGCGACCUUGCCCGCCUGGCCGUCACAUCUUCGCCCAUCGAGGUCUUCUCCCACCUCCAGUACCUCGCCCAGGCCCAGGAAAUAGAGAGGGCGGUGAAAAGUGUGAAGGAGAGGGGAAGCGACCAGCCAGACCAGGCCGAGAAGCAGGCAGACGGCAAGUACGCGGGCAAUGGGGUCGGUCUGCAGCUCAAGAUCAUGCAACUCAUCCACGCCUACCGAGCGCAGGGCGGAGACGAGAACUCGCUACACGAGAGCGUCACCGCCAUGUACAAACCUUCGCCAUCACCACCGUCGUCAUCACGAUCGUUCACGCCGUCCCUGCCACCUUCGCCAUCGCCCUUUCCCAUCUCGCGCUCAUCAUCACCGUCGCCUGCGCCUUCGCCAUUGCCGGCGUCGCCGCCCAUGGCCGGCUCUCCCCGCCGGGCCGCCGGGCCGCCGCCACAACGUCCCACCUGGGAAGAUCCCCGCGAGCCCAAGCGAAGGCGCCUCGACCAUCACGAGCCGACCACGACCACCACCUCCACCACGACGACCAGCAGCGAACGGGUCAGGCCCAACAUGGCUCGACUGCCGUCGGUGCCGCUGCUCUUGUCCUCGCUCGCCGACGCGGCCGCAGUCAUCUCCUCGUCCGCCUCGAGUUCACCGUCGCUCAGUCCUCCCAUGGCGGUCUCCUCCUCCUCCCCUGCUGCGACGCAUUGGCCGUGGUCUGCCGCCUCCUCGCCUUUCGCUUCUUCUUCUUCUUCUUCUGCUUCGCCGUUCUACGCCAUGUCGUCAUUGUCGUCGCUGCCGAUGAUGGCGUUUCCAACGUGGGCCACCUACGGCUCGGGCGGGCUGCCCGGCCUGGCCUCCCUCCACCUGCUCCCGCCGCCGCCGCCGUCUACCACCGCGCACCACGCACUCACGCCACCACCUCCACGACAACUACAACUACAGCGACCCAAGUAA